AAGCAACUUAAACAGCAUUGGCCAUGGUUAGUCAAAAGUGGCUACUCUUUCUUUUUUUGCAUAUACAUCUUCAUGUUAUCAUCCUAGCGCAGCUGCCUGAUUUACGAUACAGCUUUUGUGGUGACAACGGUAACUAUUCCGAAAAUAGUGCCUACCAGAAAAAUCUUAACACACUGCUGUCUUCCCUUCCCUCAAAAAUAGAUAAAUAUGGUUUCUACAAUGCUUCCAUUGGCCAAAACUCCGACAGAGCCAGUGUUAUUGUGCUAUGUAGAGGAGAUGUGGAGCUAGAAGAAUGUCGCAGUUGUGUCAAUAACGUUGCUCGAAAGCUUGUACAGUUAUGUCCUAACCAAAAAGAAGUUUUUGGUGGCUAUGAUGGAUGUAUGUUACAGUAUUCGAAUCGAUCCAUUAUAGGCACUGCGUCAUUUUCUGUUCGAUAUUACUUUAAGAAUCCUGCGAAUGCCUCAAAACCUGAGGAAUUUAAUCAGGAGCUGAUAAAAUUAUUGGAAAAUUUACGAGACGAUGCUGCAAAGGGUGGUCCUCUCCGAAAAUAUGCUAGCGGUAAUGUGACAGGUCCAAAUUCUCAGAUUAUAUACGCGCUUGUGCAGUGUACUCCUGAUUUGGAUCGUCAAACUUGCUUCAAUUGCUUAACUGACGCUUAUGGAAAUAUGCCUGAUUGUCCAUGCAAGGGAAAGAGGGGUGGCAGAAUCAUAGGAACUAGUUGCAACGUCCGUUAUGAAAGUUCCCGUUUCUUCGAGAAUGUGGCGUUGGAAACCCCGCCACCUGCAGGGAACGAUAAUAAAACAGUUCCAAUAGGGAGGGAUGAUAAAACAGCUCCAACAGGCGUUUUUGCAGGGAACGAUAAUAAAAUGGUUCCAAUAGGGAGGGAUGAUAAAAUAGCUCCAACAGGAAAGGAUGAUAAAACAGCACGAACAGUCACCAUUAUCGUUGUGCCAACUGUUACAAUUAUCAUUCUUAUUAUUUGUCUUUCUGUCAUCCUGAUGAGGAGGCGAAAGAGGAAGCUGGUGAAAGAGAUUCGGAGUAUACACGGAGAUGAUAUUAGCACCGCAGAAUCCUUGCAAUAUGAUUUUUCUACAAUUAGAGCAGCAACAGAUAACUUUUCAAAUGCUAAUAAGUUGGGACAAGGCGGAUUUGGUCCCGUCUACAAGGGUAAGCUUCCAAAUGGACAAGAAGUAGCAGUGAAAAGAUUGUCAGCAGAUUCAGGCCAAGGUGAUCUAGAAUUCAAAAAUGAGGUCUUGUUGGUUGCCAGGCUUCAACAUAGGAAUUUGGUCAGGUUGCUGGGAUUUUGCCUAGAUGGAACAGAGAGACUUCUUGUCUAUGAAUUUGUUCCCAAUGCAAGCCUUGAUCACUUUUUAUUUGAUUCAGUUAAACGUAGGCAAUUGGAUUGGGAAAGGCGAUCCAAAAUCAUAGGAGGCAUUGCUAAGGGAAUUCUUUAUCUUCAUGAGGAUUCUAGACUUCGCAUCAUUCAUCGUGAUCUCAAAGCUAGUAAUGUUCUACUUGAUGCAGAAAUGAAUCCUAAAAUCUCAGAUUUUGGCAUGGCAAGGCUAUUUACAAUGGAUGAAACUCAAGGCAGCACAAACAGAAUUGUAGGAACCUAUGGAUAUAUGGCACCCGAAUAUGCAAUGCACGGGCAAUUUUCAGUCAAAUCAGAUGUUUUUAGCUUUGGAAUACUAGCCUUGGAAAUUUUAAGUGGCCAAAGAAACACUUCUUUUGGAAAUGGAGAAUCCGUGGAAGACCUUCUGAGCUAUGCUUGGUCGAACUGGCGCAAAGGAACAACUAUAAAUUUUAUAGAUCCAAUGCUGAGGGAGAGCUCAGGACUGGUUCGUGACAUAAUGAGAUGCAUUCACAUAGCUUUAUUGUGUGUUCAAGAAAAUGUGGCUGAUAGACCAACAAUGGCAGCAAUAGUUCUCAUGCUCAGUAGUCUCUCUAUGAGUCUUCCAGUGCCUUCAGGGCCUGGAUACUAUAUGCACAACAAUAUUAGCGCAGAGAUGUCGCUUAUGCAAGAAUACAACACAAGAAUGUCAGACUCUAGUGAACUAGCCAAAAGUAGAUCUAUUGGUUCAUCACGAAAUGAGGUGUUGAUAUCUGAGUUAUAUCCUCGUCAACAUCCUUAGACAUAUGUCAUGAAUCAGCCUCAUCCCACACUAACAGUCGUUGGGCAGAGAAGAAGCAAUAGGUUCAAAAGGCUUUCACAAUUAGGAAGAGAUGUUAUGCGUAUUGUUGUCAAGAGUUUGUUUCUCAUCUCCAUUCUGUGAGUGUCUGUAUCUUCUCAUCUCCCUUCUUCAGUCUAUCAAUCCCUAGUUCUUACUCUCAAUAUUUAUGUAUGUUCGUUGGGGCUUUUACCAUUUGAGUUGUUGCGUUUACUUUCUGGAAUUGUAGUUGAACUUUACUCUUAUUAAUAUAGUUGAGAAGGGGUAAAUUUCAUGGA